AUGGCAGGCGAAGCUGACCAUGACACUCUGGUCUUGCAGCUCUUGGAGUUUGUACCCAAUGCGACUCCGGAACAAGCCACCCAGUACCUUUCGGCCAACAACUGGGAUCUCGACGCUGCUGCUGCUUCCUUGUUGGCCGACGCCGACGAAGCUGAGGACGAUGCUACCACAGAGACCGGCCCCCCAUCCUCAUCCGCCGCACCCCCAAGCUACACCGGGCCACGAACACUCGACGGUCGGCCCGCCCCUACUUAUUCGAGCCCCUCAGCGAGCUCAGCUCCAAGAGCUCAACCCAAGAAGAAAGGCCUCGCCACAUUGAGCUCCUUGGGCGGCGGUGACCAUGCCCACGACGAUGAUGACAGUGACGAUGAUGACGAUGACGAUCACAGAGACACCUAUGCGGGUGGCGAGAAGAGCGGUCUGGCUCUGCAGGACCCCAAUUCAAACAAAUCAAACAACGAGCAGAUUCUUAAUGAUCUGCUAGCCAAGGCAAGAUCACAAGCACCUCGACCGGAAGCUUCCUCCCCUGGCGCUGGUCCGUCCGCGCCAGCUACUUUCCGAGGCACUGGUCAGACAUUGGGCGGCGAGGGCGUGGAGAGCCGAACGAUUCCCGAUCCUACUGGCGCCGUCCGGGGACCAACUCCCGCUACCAACGCCCCCGUUCAAGAGCGAACACUUCACCUCUGGCGCGAUGGCUUCAGCAUUGACGAUGGCGAACUGAGACGAUUCGACGACCCUGAGAAUGCCGACGCUCUUCGCAUGAUCCAGCAAGGUCGAGCGCCUGUUCACCUCAUGAAUGUGAGAUACGACGAGCCCCUUGACGUCAAGCUCCAACAGCACGACGAGAAUUUUAGACAGCUCCCCAAAAUUUACAAGCCUUUUGGUGGCGAGGGCAGAAGGUUGGGCAGCCCGGUCCCGGGUGAUAGCAGUGUUGCUGCCGCCUCCAUCGCAUCUGCAACAACGCCUACACCAGCUGUUUCUGUUCCAUCUUCAGCAGCUACUCCUGCAUCUGGCGCAUCUGCCAAUGUGGACACUUCCCAGCCUACCAUCAUGAUCAGAAUUCAAAUGCCAAAUGGCACCCGAUUACCGGCAAGGUUUAACACGACACAGACAGUAGACGACGUCUACCACUUCAUCACACAAUCGUCGCCUGAUCUGCGCUCCGGUGGCUGGGUCCUCGCAACCACGUUUCCCAACAAGGACCAUACGGACAAGUCGUUGGUCCUGGGAGAUAUGGCAGAGUUCAAGAAGGGCGGCACGGCAAUGGUCAAGAGAACAUAG